AUGAGGUACUCAUCUGUCCUCGCGGCUUUGUCCGCUGUUGGUAGUGCUCUCGCACAACAGACAUAUACCAACCCUGUUCUUUGGUAUGAUCUUGCAGACAUUGAUGUUUUCCGCAAGGGCAACCAAUAUUACUAUUCAGCUUCAACCAUGUCGUUCUCACCUGGAGCUCCCAUUCUCAGAUCUGGUGAUCUUGUGAAUUGGGAGUUUAUCGGACACUCUGUCCCGAGACUUGACUUCAAGGACACUGCCUAUGAUUUGGCCGAUGGCAAGCAAGCCUAUGUCCGUGGUAUUUGGGCUUCCUCCAUGCAGUACCGCGAGUAUGAUAACACUUUCUACUGGAUUGGCUGUGUCGACUUCAAGACUACCUAUAUCUACAAGGCCAGUGAUCCUGCUGGUACUUGGAGCAAGGUUGGCGAGAUCGGUACUUGCUACUAUGACUGCGGCAUGCUGUUUGACGGUCAGAACAUCUAUGUUGCUUACGGCAACACCAAGAUUAGUGUAGCUCAACUCAACAACGACUUUACUCAAAAGUCCACCACCCAGGUCUACUCUUCCAGCAUCACGAUCGAAGGCUCCCACAUGAAGAAAAUCAACAACCGCUACUACAUCUUCGUCACCCAACCCGCCUCCAACGAAUACGUCCUAAAAUCUAACUCCGGCCCCCUCGGCCCUUACGAGUUCAAGAUCUUCACAAAGGCUCCGGCCAGUGGAAUCCAAGGCUCUGGAAACCCGCAUCAAGGCUCCGUCGUCGAUACACCUGAUGGAGAUUGGUACUAUUUGUCAUUCAUCGAUGCGUAUCCGGGAGGCCGCAGCCCUGCCCUUGCGCCCUUCGUCUUCGACUCUCAAGGCUGGCCAUCCCUGAAAGCAACAAAUGGUUUCGCAAUAGCAAACCCCUACCCCGUAACCCCCGUACCUGUAAAAUCCACCACGGGCACCGAUACUUUUUCUUCUGGCAAACUAGGCCCGCAAUGGGAAUGGAACCACAACCCGGACACGUCAAAAUUCUCCUUCGCCGCUGGAGGUGGAUUGGUGUUGAAAACAGCUUCCGUGACCAAAGAUCUCUAUCAUGCCAAAAACACACUCACGCACCGUAUCUUGGGCCCAGACAGUACAGCGACCAUCCAACUAGAUAUCUCACAAAUGACAUCCACCGACCAAGCAGGCCUAUCCCUCUUCCGCGACAAUUCCGCCUACAUCGGCAUACGCAAUGGCGUUGUAAUCCUCCAACGCGACCUAACCCUCGGCGCAAACUGGAACACCCUCUCUACCGGCCGUCUCGAAACCUCCGCCUCCUUGCCCGCGAAAACGACAAAUGUGUGGUUACGUCUACACGCUGAUAUCAAGCCCGCUGGAACCCAUCAGGGUGUUUUCAGCUACAGCACUGAUGGGAAAAGUUUUAAGCAGUUGGGUACGCCGUAUACGAUGAAUACGACUUAUUACUUUUUUAUCGGGUAUAGGUUUGGUAUUUUCAAUUUCGCUGAGCAAGGGUUGGGUGGGAGUGUGGUGGUUAAGUCUUUUGAUUUGGCUUUGGGUGCGAAGUGA